AUGACCACACUCGGACCCCGAUCUCUAAUUCUCUCAACAUUUUUUCGUCCAACUCCACCUUUAUCUUUCACACAAUUUGUUCCAUCUUUUCUUCUGCAUUUCGUUCCGUUUCUCUUUGCAAGUUUCCCUAUAUCCAAUUUCUUACAUUUCUACACUCUCCCAUCUUCAUCGCCCAUACUAACGCCAGCGGUCGACUGUCUCAAUCCAACUAAACGCGACAAAGAAAGAACAUUAGGGUUAAAGUCUCUGGCUGAAGACUGGAAACAGCUAUGGAGACAACGGUGUGUGAUCUUGUUGGCUGUCAGCAUUAAACGGAGAGAACAAGAAAGAACCGAAACGUGUUAUGAAAGUCUGAGCAAGGCUGACAAUCGCGCAUUUGAAGUGGAAAAGAAAACAGACGAGCAUUAUAAAAAUCAGAACGUAAUGCAAGAGUUCGAGCACAGAAUGCGAGAAAACGAAAUAUUUGAAGAUGAAACGCCCGAAGAUGAUGAGAGCGAUAUCAUCCAAGACGACUGUGAAACUCCCAAUAAUUUCGCUCAAGGGCAUAACCAACGCGACGAAUAUUUUAAUCAAGAUCACGUCGGCAACAGCCAAUCCGUUGCGUACGAAUUCAUUCUUAACGAGAAGAGGAAACAACAUUUUCAUCUUUUACGAGAAAUAGAGAAAGAAAUAAAUGAAGCUCGUUUGGUCGCAGAUCGAAUAGCUCUACGGCCGCUAUCCUCUCUUGGCCGAGAGAGUAUCUGCAAUGACGACUAA